GGCCAGUUCCAACCCCUGAAAAACAACACCUGAAUUCAAUGAUUUGGAGUAGUGUCCCAAAACUUUUGGAAAUAUAGUGUAUGUAAAAACCGUCAGGUCUAACCAAUCUGGCAACACUCCGAUAACAGUUGGGAAUAUUCAUGUAUGGAGUUAUGCGUAAGAACGCGUUAUACCACUGCUCCAGCAGCAGGUUAUUACCACACAACUAGUGUGAGCCGAUACACUUAAAAAUAAUGACUUAAAGCUAUUGGAAAACCUUUAUAAAAUUUUAUCAUCUUUAAUAAUGGCUCUGUCUCAGAUUGAGUGUCUAAACGAGUACCAUGUUAAUUUACGCACGAACGAGUCCAAGCCGGAGUUCCUGUACAGCGAGGAGCAGAGGCUGGCACUGGAGAGGCUGCUGGACGAAGGUCCGGACAGCUUCCAGGAGUUCAUCAAGACCAACCGGAUUCGGCCAUUUUUGUCGGACCUGGAGCUCGCUCAGCUGUCCACCUCCGUGGAACCAUAUUGUCCGGAUUUACCUGUUUACUCAGCCGGGUUUGAUGGGGACCGUGCAGAGACGCGGUUGUCCCUCCAGUACUGGCCAGAGCGCUCGGAUGACUCUCUCCCGCAACUGGAGCUCGGCUGGCCUCAGCGCGCGAGCUACCGUGGAGUGACCCGCGUCACCGUGCACGCGCAGCCGCCCCUAGACGGCGGCGCGCACAUUAAAGAGGUCAUCAGGAGAACCAUAGCACGAGCACAGAAGGUUAUUGCCGUGGUCAUGGAUUUGUUUACAGAUGUGGACAUCUUUAAAGAUCUCUUGUAUGCCAGUUUCAAGCGUAAUGUAGCUGUAUACAUCAUAUUGGACGUUACUGGGGUUCCACACUUUCUGAAAAUGUGUGAGAGUGCCUCAAUGCACACAGGACACCUUAAGAACUUGAGAGUGCGGAGCAUCAGAGGAACCGGCUUUUUCACUCGCUCGUCCAAGAAAGUAUGUGGGAGCCAGUGUCAAAGAUUCAUGUUUGUUGAUGGAGACAAAGCCGUUUCAGGAUCCUACAGUUUCACAUGGACUGCCUCGAGAUUAGACCGGAGCAUCAUUACUGUUCUCACAGGCCAGGCUGUGGACUUGUUUGACCAGAUGUUCCAAGACUUGUAUAUAAUGUCUAAUGCUGUUGACAUGAAUAAAAUAAAUCUGGAGAAAGAGCAAAAGCUAGAACCCAUCUUUAAAGCAGCACCUCCUCUGCAGCCUUCAACCACCAUGGCCCUAAAACUCAUCAACCCCAAAUAUGCUCUAGUCUCUGAUGCUGCUAGCAACAAUCAUAUGGUUUCUGAGACGUGUACAGCCAAGAGUAACAGCAUUAAACAAAUGAAGGAAGUGUCAGUAGGUCCUUACAUUCAUCCUGGAUUGCUCCACUUAGAAAAAGCUAACAUGAUUGACUACCUGCCAGUUUGGCCUGAGCCAGAUCCACCAAGUGAUGUCAUUGGCUUCAUAAAUAUAAGGGACUGUAAUAAACCGCUACUAGCUCACCUUACACGUUCAGAGCUCUUUGAGGUCACGCAAGCUAUCCGAUUUAAAGACCCGAUCCACAUACCCCAAGAGUCUCUGUCUGAGAAGCUUUGUCCAAGCCCUACCUCUCAAAAUUUUUCUUUAGCCAAUGAGCAGCUGACCAUGCAACCCCAAAAUAUACUGGAGGAAAAGAACGAACACUGCAAUUAUCCACAGCAGAUAUUUCCACCUCACAGUCUGAAAGAUCAGGUUGUGUGUCUGGCCCCUAUUCCGGAUCCGAAUCCAGCUCACAGCAGCAAGAAGGAUGAGGUAAACUCACCUGUGGAUGAUGGUGUGGAAAACCAAACCGAUGUCCUAUCCAAGCAGAGAGAAAAAGUGGAUGCUGAGAAUAUCUGCACUAGUUUUGAACCAUGUAAAGAUUCUCGAAUAUCAGAGAAUCCGCUAAUUGAGAAUAUAACACCAUCUGACAGUGAUGAGUGUAAUACAGAAACAACUCAUACUCCAGCUGUGCAACCGGAAACUACAUCAGACAAACAAAGCUGUGAGAAUAUCACAGAAACCAUCGGUAAUAAAGAUUUCCAAGACAACCAGUGGAACAUACAGAAUCUUAUAGAACCAGAUACACACGAAACAGAUCAUGUAGACUCUACAGGACAGAAUGGAAAUAGUAUCUAUUCUGACUCCAGGUCGUCGUUUUCAUCAGAAGAGUAUUUUGAGUGCAGAGGGAGUGUGAUUGUUGAUUCUGAGAGCGUAGGGAUGGUUAACGUGACCUCAGCUGUAUCCAGGUACCCGGAUGAGCCAAACAAUGCCACAGAAUCCUUGUCUGGCUCAUGUAAAAGUGCAUCAAGCCAUGAGGCUAUAAAAGAAACUGAAGAGUCUAAACUCCAAUGUGCAUCACCAGAAGAGUGUCAUGUCCAACACUUAACUGGGGUGACAGCUGAUUUGGAGUUGACGUCAGUGAUCGGAGUAAAGGGUUUGUCUGAAACUGUUUCUAUUGCCAAUCUAAUACAGGAAACAGAUUCUACCUCACAGCAAGGAACAGAGAGUGAACUACUGCACCUAGCGAAGACUGAUACACACACAGCAGCUGAUGAAAAUACAGAAUGUGAAUCGUAUUCAGUAGUAAAUCAUAUGUUUGACGCAAAACCUGUAGAAAGGAACGACAGUCCUGAAUCACCGCUAUUAGUAAACAAGUCAUUACUGCAGGAUCACGUGGCUGUCCCUUAUGUUGCAGUGCAAAAAACUGCAGAAGCACAGUGCAUCGUGUUUUCUGAUAUGGUCAACAAAGUGCCGCUGUUGAGGUUAAACCCAGAGAUGUACUCAGGGUUUAGUUAUGCAUCUAACCUCAAAUCUGUGCCUGUUGACACAGACUUGCCACCCCUGUCAAAAUCAGCAUCUUUCAACACUUGUUUACAAAAAGAAAAUAACCCAAAUACUGAAAGUGGUCAUAAAGAAUUGUCUUAUCAAAACAAACCGUUGAUUGCAGAGGAGUCAACCAACCAGCAGGCCACAGAGGUCAAAGACAUGGACAACUUUAAUUCGGAACCAAAGGCAGCAGCCCAAACUGUGGACAAGCGGCUAAACCCAAAGAUACUGACCGGCUUUAAGGUUGUAAAGCUCAGUGUUGAUAUCUAUCCUCUGAAAAGGAAGACACUGGAGCAUCUGUGUGUGCAGCAAGAGAGCAAGAACCAGCCUGAGGUCAAAUCCAAGUUAGAGAGAAAUAUCCGGAAGCUACAUCGGGUCUCACCUCAGCCUAAACCUAUUCCAACACGUGAAACCAAGCUCAUUUCAACCAAAGCAUCUGUCACCAAACUCCACAGCAGUAAUCAUCUUACUACACCUGCUGUAUCCACUCCUGGAGUUCAAAAUGAUCUACCUGCAAGACAGUUGGCCCAAAACAGCGCUUCUAAUGAUCUUUAUGCAACUCCUGCCAAGCUUCCCAGGAGACACACGGUUCCCAUUAGAUCAAACCAAACUCGGCUCAGAGCCUUGCAGACAGAACUGUCAGCGGACCAUCACCAUUCUUCUCAGAAACAGCCUCAGGCUCAGCAGGAUAGAAUGCAGUUCAACCAAUUACACCGGUCAAGCUUCAGGCAGCGUUCUGCGUCAACCACAGAAGGAAGGUUUUCUUUUAGAGGAACGUCGUUUCCAAAAACUUCCAAAAGUACCUUGAAAGAGAGAAGUGCUGACUCCACUUCUCAAACGAAUCCAAAAAAGAGUAUUAUGGAGAAAGAUAAAAAGUGAUAACGUUGCAGGUGCUUUUUAAAUGUGUUAGCUUUCAAUCUGUCAUCUGGAAUCUAUAUGCUGAAUGUAGAUGUACUGUAUAAAUACAGAGUACAUGUAUACACCAGGUGAAGUGGAUCUUUAAAAUGACACGUGUCAAGGGGAUAUCUUAGGCAGCAAGUGAACAGUCAGUUCAUGAAGUUGAUGGUUUUUAAGCAGGAAAAACGGGAAAGCGUAAGAAUCAGAUGGCUGGACAACUGGGUCAGAACAUCUCCAUAACAGCAGGUCAUGUGGAGUGUUCUGGUAUAUAAUGGUCCAAGGAAGAACAACCACUGAACCGGCAACAGGUUCAUGACAGCCCAGUGGCUCACUGGUAUACAUAGGGUGCGAAGGCUAGUCUGUCUGGUCCCACAGAUAAGCUACUGUAUUAAAGAUUGCUGAAAAAUGUUAAUGCUAGCUCUGAUAGAAAGGUAUCAGACACACACACACAGAACCCUUGAGUCCUGACUUUCAUAUAGAGGUUACUUUGACAUGUUCCACCUACCUAAACAUUAUUACAAAGAAAGUACACCUCUUCAUGGAUAUUCCCUAAUGGCAGUGGCUUAUUUAGCUGCAGUAGGAUAAUGCAGAAACUGUUCAGGAACAUGACAUAUAUCUCUGACUUGGCCUCCAAAUUCCACAGAUCUCAGUCUGACCAAUCAUCUAUGGGAUGUGCUGGACAAACAUGUAUGUUCAUGGAGGCCUCACCUCGCAGCUUAAAGGAUUUGAAGAUUUUGCAGCUAACAUUUCAGUGCCAGAUACCACAAGUCUUGCCGAGUCAGCUCAGAUCUGUUUUAGUAACACCUGAAUAACAUUAGGCAGAUGGUUUUAAUGUUAUGGCUGAUCAGUGUAUAUGUUAUUUUAAGGAUGUAACAUGAGAAAACUAAUUAUGAAGUUCAGUGCCUCAUGCUUGCCUCAGUGAAAUAAUCGUGGAAUCUUUCCCUCCAGCUGUGAAACAGGUUUUCACAGCACAUCCAAUUAUUAUGAACACCCUUUGUGCAACACACACACACACACACACACACAAAAGAAUGCAAAAGAACAAAAAGAGGCAAAAGAACAAAUAUUGUAGUACCCUCAAAAUACACAGAUCAGGCAUAACAUUAUGAUCACUGACAGGUGAAAUAAAUAACAUUGAUGAUCUCCUCAUCAUGGCACCUGUUAGUGGGUGGGAUAUAUUAGACAGCAAGUGAACAUUUUGUCCUCAAAGUUGAUGUGUUAGAAGCAGGAAAAAUGGGCAGGGGUAAGGAUUUGAGCGAGUUUGACCAAGGUCCAAAUUGUGAUGGCUAGACCACUGGAUCAGAGCAUCUCCAAAACUGCAGCUCUUGUGGGGUGUUCCCGGUCUGCAGUGGUCAGUAUCUAUCAAAAGGGGUCCAAGGAAGGAACAGUGGUGAACCGGCGACAGGGUCAUGGGCGGUCAAGGCUCAUUGAUGCAUGUGGGGAGAGAAGGCUGGACCGUGUGAAUGUGAUGAAGAUCAGAAGCAACAGGGAAAGAUGCUGUUUUUUUUGUUUUUGUUGUUGUUUUUUUUGUUGUUAUUGUUGUUGACUACAUAAGGAAAGGAGCAGGCAAGUUUAAUGGUAAAAUAUCCCAUAGGGUUAAAAUGAUGCAGUGUAAAAUAUACAGGAAAAGCAUUAACAGUAUUUGUUAAUAAUAGUCUUUUAUUUAUAUUAUUUAUUUACAAACUUAAUAUAACACAUUUAAGGUUUUUAAUGGUCUAGAUUUUAAAUGAGAAAGCAAAGUAAGAGGUGAUGAGCUCAGGAACUCCUAAUGAAUACCUGUUUAUCGCCUGAAAAGCAUCUCUUAAAAUAUAAUCAAGUAAUCCGCGUAUCAUAUGUUAAUGCCUUGAAAAGCCUGUUAAUAAACGCAGUAUAAGGUACAAUAGUUCAAAAAUAUAACUCAGGCGGUCUUUGUGCUGACCACACACUUCUCCCUGCAGUGGAAAAGUGUAAGAAGGCAGAAUUCAUGUUUUUAUUGAGACAUGCCCUUUGUAUAGCCUUCACUAGCUGUACGCUUACACAGCAAGCGCAUGUCAUAUCGGUGUCAGGAUGCAAACUGUAGCUGUACACCAAUUACAGUGGAGUAAUGGAGAAAGACAGAAAGUGCAUCAAGGGUGAAGGUGUGUGUGUUUCUGAGCACUUACCAUUCUGACUGGCCUAACAGGAACUGUACACCAAACAAUACACACUGUUAACUGAUCAAUCUGUCCUAAUGAUAAGACCGUACCCGUUUUACAACAAAACAACUUUUCUUUUUUUCUCUUCCAUCACCUACAGUACAUGAUUACAUACUAGCCAAAGCUGCCAAAUAAUAAAAUGUAAAAAAAUAUAUAUAUAUAAUGGGAAGGUUCUCAACGAAUAGGAAGACACAGAUGUGUCCUUUGUUAUCGGGAUGUGACCGAGAAGUGUUUUUAAAUCUUGCUUAUAAAGUGUUUUUAAUAUAUUUUUAGUGAGACAGCCAAAAUGUGUUCUUCCCUUUGUUUCUUUCUUUGUGUGGGGAAGAGGAAUAAAUACCAGAAAGCGUUAGUACUUCCUCAUGAAACUGGGUACGAGUGCAGGCCAGGCUGCAUGUUCUGUAAGUAGCCUUAACACAUAUAGGGCUUCAGUGAAAGGGGAUUUUUGCCUAACAGCUUAAAAAGAGAAGCUAUGAUGUUUGUUAAUUACAAAAAACCAUCAGAUGUUUUGUUUUAUAAAAUAUAUAUUCCUUACAC